AUGCCCGCCCCCGGCAGCAAUACACUGCCCCUCCCAUAUGCCUAUGCCCAUAACACCCCGCAACAGCAACGUCGCGAGCCGCGACAGCCUAUGCGCACGUCCAAGCUGGGAACGAAACUCAAGGUCCUUCCCACUCAGCCCGAACACCCCACGAUUCCCGAAGAGGAGGACGAGUCAAAUGACGACCAGCACCUUGCGCAGACAGAUGGCGAGGGCGUCGAGUUCUACACCCCGCUGUACCAGAUUCCCGCCGGCUCGGCGCGUCGCGAUGCCCUCAAGCUCACAAAAUCGGAAAAGGCCAAGCUCCCGCGUGUCACGGCAUCCUACGACCUCCCAGGCCUCCAGGCCUACCUCAGCAACCGCCCGGCGUCGUACCGCACCCAUCCCCGUAUUUUCGACACCGAGUGUCUCCACACUCCCUAUCUUCCUCCUGCCACUUCGUCAAAUCACCGCAGUAACAGCCCCAUGCUCAAGCCCGUCCAACUGUUGAAUACAGUGCCCGAGGGCAACCUCCUCAACCUCGACGACAACACCGCCGGCAUCGGCAGCGCUCCGUUGUCAUAUUCCCCCACCUCCAAACCUCGCGAUCUCCCCAAACGUCGUCCGGGCUUUGCAAAGGCCCCCGGCGCUAAAGACAGGCGGGUCAGGAACGGCGACGAUGCCGGCGGCGAGUCGGACGCGGACGACGACUGGGAAGAGGAAGAGUGGGUCCCCGACGUCUUCCUCUUCGAGUAUGGUACCGUCGUGAUCUGGGGCAUGACCGAAAGGGAGGAGAAGACGUUUUUGCGCCACUUGAAAAAGUUUGAGGUCGAGCGUCUCAGCGGCGAGGAUGUCGAGAUGGAGGACCUCAACUUUUACUAUGCCGACUACUCGCGUAUCUACAACGACGUCAUUACGCUCCGCAAGGGAUCGUCGUACAUGACCAAACUCGCGCUGUCUCACGCGCUGUCUCAAUCGGUCAAGAUCUCGCUCUUUGAGGAGCUCAUCAGCAGCACCAUUGAGCAGACCAAGGACAUCCCCAAGAGUCUCAGCCAGACCGGCAAAGUUGGCCUUCCCCGCAGUGAGAUCAUGAAGCAGAUUGGCAACCUCUUUAUCCUGCGUAUCAACAUCAACCUUGUCGGAUCCAUCUUGGAUUCACCUGAAUUCUUCUGGUCAUUCCCAGAUCUGGAACCGCUGUACAAUGCUGCCCGCUCGUACCUCGAGAUUGGUCAGCGCAUAGACCUGCUCAACGCCCGUGUCGAUGACAUGCUCAAGCUGCUCAAGGAGUCGGUUAACAGCUCGCACGGCGAGCACCUCGAAGCUAUUGUCAUUGUCCUCAUCGGCCUCGAGAUUGUCCUCGGUCUGAUCACUAUCCUGGUCGACCUCAGCGUGUCGUAG